CUUGUACAAAUCCCUCUCCAUCACAUGGGGGCAAAGUCUGCGAGGGAUCGGGACUAGGCUUUGUCAGCUGCAAUGAACAUUCAUGUGAAGGUGUUUAUAGUAUCUAUCUAGUAAUCUCAGAACACAAUCGUGCGUGUAUAGAACCGUUUACACAUCUCUUGAAUUGUGGGUAUCAAUCUAUUUUGUGUUAGCGGAAAUUCUUAUUACUCUUAGCUGUGGAGUUGCGCGUGUGGGUGACAAAGAUGUAGACGUCCGCGUUUCGGUGACAAAAGAUGUAGGCGUGUAGGGUUCGGGGCCUGGUGUAUGCGUGUACUAGCUGAUGUAGGCGUGUUCUAGCUGAUGUAGGUGUGUACUAGCUGAUGUAGGUGUGUACUAGCUGAUGUAGGCGUGUACUAGCCGCGUGUUGGUGACUAAGAUGUAGGCGUCUAUGAUUCCUAACAACUUUUGCUUAAUUUAUCAUCUCUUUACCUCAUUGCAUAUCAAUUAAUUAAGGGAUGCUGUCUAAUGACGUCUAAUGACGUCUGACAGGAGCUGAUUGUGUCAAACCACAACGGAUAUGACGUUUUGGUAAACACUUAAGUGGGUCCACCCAGGAGUAAGUAGUAACAGGAAGUGGUCAGUGCUGGUUCCAAAUGGGGUGCCAAUCUACUUGAGAUCAAGUCUUCUUGUUUAGAACAAGUCAGGUAUUGUUUGUUCUCUUUCACGCUUUGCAUAAGCGUCAUCAGUGUGGCAGAGUAGACCACAACUGUAACCACUUUUUGAAAUCUUACCAGUGACAUAGCAAAACGGAAAUGAGGGUGAUGUAUUAGGAGAUGGUGAAAGGAAACUAUGCUCCAUUAGUUGUGAUUCAUGGCGGAUUUGGGAGCUGGUCAAACUGGUCGUCAUGCAGUGAAACGUGUGGAGGUGGGCAAACCCUUCGAACAAGGCUUUGUAGCAACCCGACUCCUUCCACUGGAGGAAGACCAUGUGAAGGGAACUUUUUAGACGUUGGCGUUUGCAACAGCAUUUCUUGUUCAGUUGAUGGUGGUUGGACAGAGUGGACAGAUUUUUCACAAUGUACUAAGUCAUGUGGGUUUGGCUCUCAAAUACGGUCAAGAACAUGUACGAAUCCAGAGCCAAAGCACGACGGCAAACCUUGCUUUGGACCUAGAGAAGAAGCAAUAGAGUGCAUCAUUGUUGAUUGUCCAGGUAACAAAUGCGAAUCACUUCUUUCGCCAAAUAACGGCAACGUUACAACUCAGAAGAUACACACUACUGUUAUUGCAACGUACUCUUGCGAGUCAGGAUAUCUAUUGAAAAACGGAGACAGUACUAGAAUUUGUUUGCCAAGUGGGCUGUGGAGUGGCACUCAUCCAUCAUGCGAAGCGUUUUGUGAACCUCCUCAACUCACAAAUGGAUACCUUGAAUUUAGUGACAAUAAUGAAGUGCAUGACGUUAACAGUACAGUGACGUAUCAUUGUGAUCAAGGUUAUGAGUUAUCUGACGACAAGCAGAAAACAAGAAGAUGCCAAGAAAACAGAAAAUGGUCAGGAACUGAACUAACUUGCACUCAAAUACAAUGCCCGGAUAUCUCUAAUGAAACUAUCAAAGAUGGCAGUAUUCUUAGCUCUCAUAGACUGGUUGAUUCUAUUGCCGUGUACGAAUGCAUUCGAGGAUACCGCAUUGUUGGAGACAAAACAAGAGUAUGCCAAUUGAAUGGCACAUGGUCGGGCAAUCCUCCAAUAUGUCAAGGAAGCAAAUGCGAUUCACUUGCUUCACCAACUAACGGCAACGUUACCAUUCGAACGGUACAUACCAUAGUUAUCUCGACAUACUCUUGCGAGUCAGGAUAUCGAAUAAAAAACGGAGACAGUUCUAGAGUUUGUUUGCCAAAUGGGCUGUGGAGUGGAAAGGAACCAUCAUGUGAACCUUGCAGCUGUUAUUCUACUCAAACACGUCAAGAUGCCAAUAAGAAACGACAUGCUGUUGUUUUAGUGCAAAUAACUUCUUCAGCCCAAGAAAAGAAUGGACAAGUAUCAUACAAAGCUAAAGUUAAAAAGGUCUGCCGUGCCAACAAGGCAAUAGCACACAAGAUAAAGUCUGGAAAUGUUGCUUCACUUGCUGUCACCCAGCAAACUCAACAUGGAACGUGCCGAUGUCCCUACUUUCAGGAAAAAGUUAUGUACAAAGUAGGGGUCAAGGUCAACGGAAAAUCCGGGGAAAAAUGGCAACUUGAAGUGCCACAAAACUUUUAUGUGGCAGAAUCAACAAUUUGCUAAAAGAAGAAAGCAGCUAUAUUUGCUAAUGUCAGUUGUCUUGAUAGUAACAAAGGAAUGGAUGCUGAUAACUUUCAUUAAAUAGUAUGAAAUUAUGACCACUUCUAAAUUUCUUUCAACGAAUAGUAACG